AUGGCCUCGGGCAGCGUUCUGCCCCGAGAUGCCAAUGGUGACAUGCGCCUUGCUGUCCGUGGUGGUGGUGGCGGCGGUGGUGGUGAUGAGGGUGGUCAUGGAGGAGGAGGCGGUGGUGGUGGCUACCCUGGCAAUGGCGGCGGUGGUAACGGCGGCCACGGGGGUGAUGGUGGCCACGAUGGUGAUGGCGGCCACGGUGGUGAUGGUGGUUACCCUGGCCAUGGAGGAGGCGGUGGUGGUGAAGAGUCGACACCGUGUGAGACUACUCCUACUCCUACUCCUCCCCCCAGAGACCUCGACUCCAUGUGA